AGGUCGAAGGUUAGAUGUCAUAUGUUAAUAUUCUCGAGAGCCUGAGAAACGUUUCCGGUCUUGCGGAGCUUCGUAGGUUUGCUUCGUCAUCUUUUCUGCUUUGCGUCAACUCGUAUGUUUAUGGAGUAAGCAGAAUGGGUGACAUAAUUGAUGACGUAGAUAAGUCGUAUCCACUGCACCCAGCCACAUUGCUGAAGCGACUGGAUGAGCUACGGUCUGAACAAUACAUGGUGGACGUGAUGCUGUGUGCGGAAGGGAGGGAUAUCCCCUGUCACAGACUAGUAUUGGCCGCCUUCUCUGACUACUUCCACGCUAUGUUCAACGGAGCCCACUGUGAGAGUAAGAAGGACAAGAUAGAGAUAGGAGGGGUGAGUGCAGAAGCACUACAACAGCUGGUGGACUAUGCCUACACUUCCAAGAUAAACAUCACCACUGAAAAUGUACGGCCCCUGCUUGAAGCAGCCAACAUGCUGCAGGUUCCCCUAAUCAAAAAGGAUUGUGAAGCGUUCCUGAAGAGGCAACUGAAUACUGGCACCUGUUUAGGUAUUUGGGUAUUGGCAGACCUAGUGUCUAGUGAGUCUUUGCCUGAGAAGGCAAGAGCCAUUGCCCUGCAACAUUUCAUACCAAUAUACAUGAUGGAGGAGUUCCUUCAGCUACCAGUACACUACCUGAAGACGUACCUAUCUGAUGAGGACCUUAAUGCUAAGAAAGAGGAAGACGUGUUGGAUGCGAUCAUGCUUUGGACAAGACAUGAUCUUGAGGAACGGCGAGGACACCUUGAGGAGCUUAUUGAGUGUGUUGAUUUCUCAAAUGUGAACCAAGACUAUCUGAAGAACAUUCUGAAGAAAGACAAAGUGUUGGCAGGAGUUCGUGGGAUCAGAAAACAAAUUAGGAAUCUGUCUGCACGUGCAAGACCUCGUCAGAUUCGCCAAGAAGAAAUUCUGGUUCUUGGUGGUGAAUCAUAUGAGGAGGAGGAUAUGGCUGAAGACCCUGAAGGUGUCAAUCGCAAGAUCUACAGACUUGAUCUCAACGGCAUCUGUGUUGACAAAACUGUAAUGCAAGAGUCUUUUCAUGGCAGUAAGGGAAUUGCAGCAUGUGUUUUGGAAAAUGAUGUGAUUGUGACAGGGGGUUAUGAGUCUCUGUCUCAAGCAUGGAAGUACAAGCCAGCUCAGGAUUCUUGGACUCAGCUGGGAUCCCUAAAGAAUGGUCGAAGUUUCCAUGGGAUGGCGGUUGUGGGGGGACGGGUGUAUGUUGUUGGAGGUUAUGACAGAACUUGCAUUGGAACACCUCAACCUUUUGUCGAAGUUUACCACAAGAGGACCAAUAGUUGGAAAAUGAGAGCACCGUUACUGGAGCCAGUGGCCGAAUUUGGUAUAACUGGAUGUCAAGGCAGGAUCUAUGUAUUUGGUGGUCAGGGUGAGCAUAUGGAGAGUAAUGCUGUGCAGUGCUAUGACCCCAGAGAAAAUGAUUGGACUUGUCAAACCAUCUUGGACAAACCUAUGGGAGAUAUCAAGGCAUGCACAGUGAACUCCAAGAUUUAUCUGGUUGGUGGGCAGUUAGAGUGUGUCCUGCAGUACCAUUACCACAAAGAUGAGAUGUAUUUCGAGAAGUUGGCUGAACGACUGGAUGCAUGGCACUACUGCAGUGCCACAGUGCGAGGUUCAGAGAUCUUCAUCACAGGCGGCCAGAGAGGGGAGCCCCUUGCAGAUCUACCAGUCAAUAUAUCAGAAGAGGAAUAUGAUCAUCUUUACAUGACAAAGUUGGCUACACUUCAGUGUUAUAACACGAGCAAUGGUUAUAUGUUCAUGGAAAACGAUGUGCCAUUUAAACUAACCAGACACUGCACUGUAACUAUAGCUAAAGACUAGUAAAA